UCGCCUAGCCUAAAUGCGGCGCGCGCUGCCAACGGACACAGUGGUGACGUCUACUCCACCAGUGCAACAAAAAACGCUACCACAUGCCUUUCCGACGCGUCUGAGUGCAAUCUGAAGGGUCGCCCUCUUCACCAGGCUAUCCAGAGCAUCAUGCGCAAACAGGUGCCGGGCAAUGACGUCUGCGCCGAUUGUGGCCGCCCAGCAAAAGUCAUAUUUAGCCACUGUAACUUGGGCAUUGUAACACAUGCCAAAGCCGUGCAAGCUGUUGCGUGUGAUAUGUUCAGUUCCAUCGUCGAGGAUGCUGCAUUUUUACUUCUUGAGCGUUACUUUCUCACUCUUCUCCUCCCCUUCCUCCUCCUAGUCCUCCUCUUCCUCGUUCUCAUCCUCCUACUCUUGCUCCUGCUCCUCCUCGUCCUCCUCCUCCCUCUCUCCCGAGGGUCGUCUUAA